CGGCCAAGCGGGUGAGCCGGUUAGGCCAGCACGCGUCGGUGCAGCCUGGUUGAAACAACCACGUUCGUACCAUUACCCCCGCGGUUUCGCGCGGUGGCGUGACAGUGAUUGGUCGAUCCUGUUUCCCAGCGAGAGGGUCGAGGGAAGGCGAACCUCGCGAGCCCUCCGCUACGUAACGUCUUCAGAAACGGCAGGAUAAACGCGCGGUUAGCACGCGGUACGUGGGACUCGCUCGACGUCGAAUUCGGUUCAUUGGCUUGUUUUCUACCCGUAGCCAUCGGUGACGGGUUCGUUUCGUGAACGCAGGCCACGCAGGGAAUCGUCGAAUCGACGCCAAUCGUCGUAGCCGAGAGGAAACGCGGAGUCGUUGGAUCGCGAAGCAUGUCGGGGCUCUACGAUGAGAGACCCACGUACGAGGUACCAUGAGCAGUAACAGCAAGAGGACCUCGGGCGGGAAGGACGAGAAGAAGAGUCUCUCGAGCAAAGAGGAGAGCCCCAUAUCUGCCAAGGAUGACGCAGGAGGAUCGUCCGCGACGGGAAGCGCCGGCGGAAGCGCGAACACGGAGGGAACGCAGCCAGGAAGCAAGCCUGGAUCGGCAGGAGCUACCACCAGGGAAGCCGCGCAAAAGCUCCUCGGGCUUGCCGCGCGCGGAGAAUGGGCACCGGUGGACCAGCUCCUCAAAUCUCUGGAGAAGGCGUCGCAGAACGUCGGAGAGGAUGGCACCGUCGCCCCUCUCACCAGCGUCUUGGACCCGGCGACGGGCAUGACACCCCUGAUGUACGCUGUGAAGGACAAUCGCACAGCGUUGUUGGAACGCAUGAUCGAGCUAGGAGCGGACGUGGGCGCCCGAAACAACGACAAUUACAAUGCUCUUCACAUCGCGGCCAUGUACUCUAGGGAGGACGUCGUUAAAUUGCUCUUGUCGAAACGAGGGGUCGAUCCGUACGCCACUGGAGGGCCCAGGCAACAAACCGCCGUGCACCUGGUCGCGUCAAGACAAACGGGCACCGCGACGUCGAUUCUUCGCGCGUUAUUGGGCGCCGCCGGCCGAGACAUCCGACUGAAAGUCGACGGGAAAGGAAAGAUUCCUCUGCUCCUGGCGGUGGAGGCUGGGAACCAGUCGAUGUGUAGGGAGCUGCUGGCUCAACAGGCGCCUGACCAGUUACGGGCCACUACUCCUACAGGAGAUUCGGCGCUUCAUCUGGCGGCCAGACGAAGAGACAUCGACAUGGUGCGGAUAUUGGUGGACUACGGAGCGACUGUGGACAUGCAAAACGGCGACGGACAAACUGCUCUGCACAUAGCAAGCGCGGAGGGUGAUGAGACCCUCGUCAAGUAUUUUUACGGGGUGAGAGCUUCAGCGUCCAUCACGGAUCACCAGGAUCGAACUCCCAUGCAUCUCGCGGCGGAGAACGGACACGCUUCCAUAAUCGAAUUGCUGGCCGAUAAGUUCAAAGCCAGUAUAUUCGAGAGAACAAAGGACGGGUCCACGUUGAUGCACAUAGCGUCGUUGAACGGCCAUUCCGAGUGCGCGACGAUGCUCUUCAAGAAGGGAGUGUAUUUACACAUGCCCAACAAACGGGGCGCCAGGUCGAUCCACACGGCGGCCAAGUACGGCCAUGUUGGAAUCAUAAGUACGCUGUUGCAGCGCGGGGAGAAGGUGGACGCGACAACCAACGAUAAUUAUACAGCGCUGCACAUUGCCGUGGAGAACGCAAAGCCUGCGGUGGUCGAGACUUUGCUAGGAUACGGUGCCGAGGUUCACGUUCGAGGUGGAAAGCUUCGAGAAACUCCGCUUCAUAUCGCAGCCAGAGUUCCAGACGGGGAUAGAUGCGCGUUGAUGUUGCUGAAAUCAGGAGCAGGUCCGAAUCUAACCACAGACGACGGCCAGACGCCUGUGCAUGUGGCAGCCAGUCACGGGAACUUGGCGACGUUGUUGCUGCUCCUCGAAGACGGUGGAGAUCCUCUGUACAAGUCCAAGAAUGGAGAGACGCCUCUGCACUUGGCCUGUAGAGGGUGCAAAGCAGACGUGGUGCGGCACUUGAUCCAGUUCGUGAAGGAGAGAAAGGGGCCGGAAACUGCGACCGCGUACGUCAACAGCGUGACAAACGAGGGAGCCAGCGCACUACAUUACGCCGCUCAGAUCGAACCAACGGAAGUCUGGAUACCUGGCAGCGAUCGCGCGGUCGUUCGAGCUCUCCUCGAGGGUGGAGCAGACGUGUCGUUGCAAACGAAGCAGGCCCAGGAGUCGGCUUUCCAUUAUUGCGCGUUGGCUGGAAACAACGAAGUUCUGUCAGAGAUGAUAAGCGGCAUGUCGGCUACCGAGGUGCAAAAGGCCUUGAACCGUCAGAGCUCAGUUGGCUGGACACCGUUGUUGAUCGCUGCGCAUCGCGGCCAUAUGGAACUGGUUACCACGCUACUGGCAAAUCACGCGAGAGUGGACGUGUUCGACCAAGAUGGACGGUCUGCUCUUCAUUUGGCCGCCGAGCAUGGCUAUCUUCAAGUUUGCGACGCGCUCCUGGCUAAUAAAGCGUUCAUCAACUCCAAGUCUAGAGUCGGUAGAACCGCGUUGCACUUGGCAGCAAUGAACGGCUACUCUCACCUCGUCAAGUUCCUCAUCCAGGACCAUGGGGCCGCGAUAGACGUUCUCACGUUGAAGAAACAGACACCGUUGCACUUGGCUGCCGGUGCAGGUCAACUGGAGGUGUGCAAGCUCCUGCUAGAGCUUGGGGCGAGUAUAGACGCGACCGACGACCAAGGUCAGAAGCCGAUUCACGCUGCAGCGAUGAACAACUACGCUGAAGUGGCUCAGCUGUUCCUGCAGAGGCAUCCAAGCUUAGUGAUGGCGUGCACCAAAGACGGCAACACCUGCGCACAUAUAGCAGCCAUGCAGGGGAGCGUUCGAGUGAUCGAGGAAUUGAUGAAGUUUGACCGCCAAGGUGUCAUCUCAGCGAGGAACAAACUUACAGACGCGACGCCUCUUCAGUUGGCAGCUGAGGGAGGACACGCGGAAGUCGUCAAAGCUUUGGUCAGGGCUGGAGCAUCCUGCGCCGACGAGAACCAAGCGGGAUUCACAGCUGUGCACUUGGCAGCCAAGUAUGGACAUGGUCAGGUACUGGAAGUCAUGAGGUCCUCGGUGUCUCUUCGCAUAUCCAGCAAGAAACUCGGCGUUACCGCUCUUCACGUCGCUGCUUACUUCGGUCAAGCUGACACCGUUCGAGAGUUGCUGACCCACGUACCAGGAACAGUGAAAUCGGAUCCUCCGACCGGUGGAUCCCUCGUAGGAGAGUUGGGAUCCGAAUCUGGCAUGACGCCGUUGCAUCUAGCUGCUUAUUCCGGGAACGAGAACGUCGUGCGACUGCUGCUGAACUCUGCUGGUGUCUUGGUGGAGGCAGCGACGACGGAGAAUGGUUUCAACCCUCUUCACUUGGCCUGUUUCGGUGGACACAUCACUGUAGUAGGCCUACUCCUCAGCAGAUCGGCGGAACUGCUGCACAGCUCCGAUCGCUACGGGAAAACUGGUCUUCACAUAGCUGCGACCCACGGUCACUAUCAGAUGGUCGAGGUCCUCCUCGGUCAAGGGGCGGAAAUAAACGCCACCGACAAAAACGGCUGGACGCCGUUGCACUGCGCCGCUCGAGCUGGUUAUCUCGAUGUUGUUAAAUUGCUGGUCGAAAGCGGGGCUUCGCCGAAGAGCGAGACCAAUCUGGGAUGCGCGCCGAUCUGGUUCGCCGCCUCGGAGGGUCACAACGACGUGCUCAAGUAUCUCAUGGAGAAGGAGCACGAUACGUACGCCCUGAUGGACGAUAAGAGGUUCGUCUAUAACAUGAUGGUCUGCAGUAAGAGCAACAACAACAAACCGAUCGAGGAGUUCGUGCUGGUGUCACCGGCACCGGUAGACACGGCGGCGAAGCUCUCCAAUAUCUACAUGAAGCUGUCGGAGAAAGAGAAGGAGAGGGCGAAGGAUUUGAUAGCAGCUGGGAAACAGUGCGAGGCGAUGGCCACGGAACUGUUGGCCCUGGCCGCGGGCGCGGACUCGGCUGGGAGGAUCCUCACGUCGAUGGACCGCAGGAACGUGGAAUUUCUGGACGUUCUGAUCGAGAACGAGCAGAAGGAGGUGAUCGCGCACACGGUGGUGCAACGGUACCUGCAAGAGCUGUGGCAGGGCAGCCUGAACUGGAACGCCUUCAGGACGAUUCUCUUGUUUAUCGCGUUCGUCGUCUGUCCGCCAGUCUGGAUGGUGUUCGCUCUACCUCUCGGACACAAGUACAACAACGUACCCAUCAUUAAGUUCAUGUCGUACCUCACGUCUCACAUUUAUCUGAUGAUCUUCCUUUUGCUGGUCGGCAUAAUUCCUAUAUACCCGGUGGUGAGACCGAGCCUCAGGCCGUACUGGUACGAAUGGUGUCUGCUCGUGAUGCUGUCGGGUCUGUUGCUCUUCGAGCUGACCAACCCCAGCGACAAGAGCGGCCUCGGAUGGAUCAAGUUGGCGGUGCUGCUCUUCGGUAUAUUCGGCGUGGCGUUUCAUCUGAUGGGCUUCGUGAUAGUUCAUCGACCAUACUGGCCGACUCUGCUCUACCUCAGGAACCAACUAUUCGCCUUAAGUUUCCUCCUGGCCUGCGUGCAGAUCCUCGAUUUUCUCUCGUUCCACCACCUGUUUGGACCGUGGGCGAUCAUCAUUGGCAACUUGAUGAAGGAUCUCGCGCGGUUCCUCGCGGUGUUAGCCAUCUUCGUGUUUGGAUUCUCGAUGCACUUCGUCGCGCUGAACCAAGCCUUCAGGAACCAGUCGGUUCAAGAGGCUCUUAUCGAGGACAAAAAGAAGAAGGGAGGGCCCCUCUUCCGCGACGAUUUUUUGGCCAAUGUUACGGAAUGGAUGAUGGAGACGCCGUCGACGGCGCCUCCUCGUCGCCAGGGCCGCUACAAGAAAAAGAAUGAGUGUUGUGACGAUAGCUCCCGAGAUAUCAGGAUGAGUCCCGUAUUGGCCGUUGAGUUAUUGUUCUUCGCCAUCUUCGGUCAGACGACCCACGAACAAUUCAAGGUCGAAUUAACGCAGCCCGAUUGGACCAGAGUUCUCUUCAAGCUCACCUUCGGUAUUUAUAUGCUGGUUUCGGUGGUCGUGCUGAUUAAUCUGCUAAUCGCCAUGAUGAGCGACACUUACCAACGGAUACAAGCUCAGUCCGACAUCGAGUGGAAGUACGGAUUGAGUAAGCUCGUUAGGAAUAUGCACAGGACAAGCACAGCGCCAUCGCCGCUGAAUCUACUGACCACCUGGUUGUCAUAUUUGUACAAGCUAUGCAAGAAACGCGCUGCGAAUAAACAACGACCGUCCCUCGUCCGCUUGAUGGGAUUACAGAGAACCGACGCGCUAUCCCCGCGUUCAAGAAUGGGCGCCAAGUGGCUGUCCAAGGUGAAAAAGACUCAGGUGGGCCAUAAGGACAGCGUCGCCCUAUCGGUCGUUCACCUGAGCCCUCUUGGUAGUCAGCUGUCGUUCAGUAACGCCGUCAGAAUCGACAACGUCGUUGAUUGGGAAGCGGUCAGACGAAAGUACCGAGAUCUCUACGGUGAACAUAUCGAAAAACAUGUCGAAGAAUCGAAAGAGUCCACGGAACCCGAUCCUCUAUCGGCGACCCUGGAGAACUCGUUGGUCGUUGUACCCACCGGAAACCAGCCAGCGGCUGCCACCUUUCCCUGAAUCGAUCGAUACGAUCGAUUUCAACGAUCGAUGUUUCGAAACAAGAGACGGCCAAUUUUACCACUGUUUUUCAACAUUGACAUGUACACUCUCUCGUCUCGUACGAUCUUUCUUAUCAAAAAUAAACGACCAAAUCGAUCGGAUCGUUUUGUGGUUCUUCCGUUAAGCGCGGACCUUUCAACCCUACUCGCGCCACGAUGUAACAUGAUUAUCGUUUCAGCCACGUUUUAGACACGAAUCCCGAGGAGGAAAUGACCUUCUGCGUAAGAACCUAACGAUACCUUCAAUGGUUAGUCUCUGUGCACCAUGUCACGUACUGUCUGCUGUUUGAAUGUCUCACCACUGAACCGAAAACAUGACUCCUUAAUCUAAGAUAUUUGGGCCUUUCAAGGCUCGAUUCUUUGUGGCUUUCGAGUGUCAACUGUAUUCUUUGCAACUGACUUCUUUAUGGGACAAAUAACACGCUAAUAUUGAGCGUGGUUUAUUCUAAACAAUAAAUAGUCAAUGAACCUAGCUUCGAUGCUGUCGAAACUUCGGAAUGUCUUAUCCAAAGGACACGGCUUACACUUGGAAGCCUCGGUUGGUAUCAACCAUAAUUCUUCAAUUUAUCAACGAACGAACAAUUCAGACUGAACGCAUGCAUGCAUGGCUGCUAGCUCGACCAUCACGACGCUUGCAAACUUAACGAAAUUGAACGGAUACUCGCAGUACUUGACUCGUGAAAUUGUUGUAACAACCGUCCGCCGAACGAUCAGCUUCCUAUCGAUCAGAACACGCAUUCUACAUCGUUCACUCACGAUAUCUUGAAUUUCGAUAUCAUCGAUGCCGAUUCGACUGUCACUCAUAAGCCGUUUGAAACGUUCGAAAUUCAUCAGCGAUCAUCCACAAUCAUGCUUCCUCUCCUAAUACACAGAUCAUCCCCAUUCUCCUUUGGUUUUCCUUUUCAUCUCCAUCGCAUGCGCCGCAUAUCAUGGUGCGCAUAUUUCUUUCUUUCGACUCAGAGCUGAACAAUUUGAUUUUAAUUAUUUGUAUCUUGUAUA